AUGGCGAAGAAGUUUUCCAGACCGAAGGGCAAGACAAGGACGUCUUUCAUGUUUCCGGCGCUCCAUGAAGACGUCGCGAACGCAGUCUCCCACAGCAUAGCCUCCACAUGGUUUUGCCAAAACAACAGUGACGAGGGCACCAACAACAUAUACGCGACUCACGUCAUGGGCAGGUUCAGCUGCAACAAUAAUGCAUGUGGCAACGGCUGGAGCAGCAAGAAGGUGGCGAUACUUAUUAGGGGUUACGCCGAGAAUGGGUACAAUGCUGAAGUGUUCAAUCAACGUUGCAAGACCUGCAACAAGCUAGGCGCUCUGGUUCUGGAUAAGCAAUCAUAUGUCGACCGAGUCGCAUACAGAAUCCAGAGGUGGGCUGGCGUGCAAGUGGAGCGGCAAAAUUACGCUUCAAAACGAGGCAUGCCGCACAAGAGAGAAUUCUGCGAAGGCUGUAAGAGAGGUGUUUGUCGACAGAAGGAUGAGUGA